AUGGUAUUAAAUAACCUCAGGUCACCAACAUUGUUGGAGAUAGAUACGUCUCUCCCCCCCCCCCCCCCGGUGUAUUUGGUUAAAAUGAACAACUUAUUGCCAAGCCCUGCAAAACAUUGUUCCUUGUGUAAAAGAAAACGAAUUUUCAUGCAGAGGGCUUUGCAAGAUUGAAAGAAAAUGGCAUUCAACUUAGAUUCACGGACGGAGACGCUGCUUUUUGAAGUGGAGAAGAGAACUCUGUGA